AUGGUCUUUACUCGCGCUCAAAAACGCACACUCGACUCACCAGAAGAACCACCAAGCAAGCGUAAACCCACUACAAAUUUUCCUAGUCUUUUCGAACCUCCUAAAACUCACCUCGACUCGACAGAUCUCUUGAAAAACACUGAAAUUAACAAACUACUUCUUGAAAAGGCAAAUAUAAAUAACGUGCAACAGCUUGAAAGAUAUCUUCGUGUAGAGAAGUAUGGAAAAGGCGAUAUGCUCCUGGGUGCCAGAGUACCAGAUAUCCGGAAAAUAUCAACUUUGAUCGGAGAGUUGAACUUUAAUGUAUUACGUGAACUUUUGCAAAGUUCAAUCCAUGAGAAAAGAUUACUGGCGUUGGUAAAUUUGGUAACGCAAUAUCAAAAAAAUCAAGUGGAUCCUAAUCUUAAUACAACUAACAAGGACAAUAUAUUUAAAUUCUAUAUGGAGAUGAGAGAAGGAAUUGAUAAUUGGGAUUUAGUUGAUACCUCUGCUAGUCAAAUAGUGGGUGUUCAUCUUUAUAAUAAAAACGAGGAUUUUAAAAAGAAAUGGAUAUACGAAACUUUGGCAGUAUCACCUCGAUUAUGGGAUCGGAGAAUAGCAAUUGUAGCAACACGUUAUUUCGUAGCACGAAAGAAAUUUGACGACACUUUAAAAUUGGCAGAGAUGUUUAUUGAAGAUUCCGAGGAACUAGUGCAUAAAGCAACUGGUUGGGUUUUAAGAGAGUACGGCGAUCAGGACAUGUCAGGAUUUUAUCAAUUUUUAAAUAAGAAUGCUGCACGUAUGCCUCGAAUUAUGUAUGAUCAAAGUACUCGAAAGAUUCCGGAAACAAUGAAAUCAAAGUAUCGCAAAAUGCGUCUUGAAAAAGCAAAUAAGGAAAAGAAGCAUGAAAACAGUUCGACUUAA